UGACGCAAUCUCACGACACAAUCAAACUGUACCCACCAUGAUUCAGAUUCCUCCUUAAUAAUUUCCCUAUAAAUUCCCAGCCCUUUUCCCUCAUUUUGUUCCAAUUCCUCAACCUCUGCAACCCAUCAAUUAGUUUUCCAUCUCAUAUUGUCCCCAUCCGCAGGUUGUCCAUGGAAGAAGAGCUCCAGGAAUCCGAGGUCUUUUUCCCGGAAAGUGAAGAGGACGAAAACGGCGAGUUCGGUUUUGCAGGUCAUUUGAACAACAAGCCGAGGUGGAAGAAGAAGAAUAAGAAGAAGAAGAAGAAGACGCAGAAGACGAAUUCGGUUCCGGUGGAUAUUCCGGGGAGAGAUGCGUGGUUUUGCAGGUGGGUGGAGUCGAAGUUCCUGGACGACGACGAUGAAGAGGAGGGGGAGUUGGUGCCGCCGCAUGUGGUGGUGGAGCGACGGAUCUGCGCCGGAAAGAUGGCGUUCUCGGUGUGCACGGGCAACGGCAGGACUCUCAAAGGGAGGGAUUUGAGCCAAGUCCGGAACUCGAUUCUCAGGAUGACCGGUUUCUUGGAAGCGUGACGAACUUACAAAUCCAGAACAAAAGUUUUCUAGGUUGGUUGAUUUAUUUACCUUAGACUAGGAAAGCGAAGGAAAAUCAAAAAAAAAGUUCUUCAUUUGUUUGUCUUUUGUAAAAAUUCGAAAUUCGAUCUCCGUUACUUGUAAUUUGUAACUUUAAAUCAUGAUUUCUACUUAAAUAAACAACAUACCAAAUUGUUCA